AUGGUUCAAUUAGCAAAUGAUAAGAAUAAGAAUGAGGAUAACAACCCGCGGCCCAAUAGGCGUGGAAAGUGGGUUUAUGUAAUUAUCCUAGGGGCUGCUUUCCUCGGGUGGUAUACCUGGAGGGGUAAUUUGUAUCAGGGGGAAAGUAAAGAAUUUGAUGAAUUACAGUGCCCAUCCUUCGAGAAGGUACGUGGCAUUGCGGUCGAAAAUACCAGACGGCUAUUAACUGAUACUGCGGUAAUUGAUUCCACAGUCCGAAAGCUUCAGAAUGCGGUAAGAAUACCCACUGAAAUAUCCGUUAACAUACCAGAUCCCGGGGUUUAUCCAGACAAUGAAGCUUGGGACAGCUUCAAGCUGCUACAUGAGCAGCUAGCCAAAGAUUUCCCUCUCGUUUGGUCUAAGUUGAAGGUGGAAAAGGUGAACACUUACAGCUUAUUGAUUACGUGGGAGGGAUCUAAGCGCGACCUUAAGCCAAUGAUGCUGGCUGCGCAUAUGGAUGUUAUUCCUGUUGAGCGUAAAACAUGGCAUGAAUGGAAAUACCCCCCAUUUAGUGGGGAUUUGAAGGAGGGAGCCGUUUGGGGACGUGGAGCAUUUGAUAACAAAAACAAGUUGGUAGCUUCCCUACAGGCCUUGGAGUAUAUCUUGGAGAAUGAGCCAGACUUUGUCCCCUCAAGGACAAUCUUGGUUGCGUUAGGUUGCGACGAAGAGGUUGGCGGAAGGUAUGGAGCAGCUCACUUGUAUUUAUUGCUUCUAGGCAGAUAUGGCGAAAAAGGUAUUUACUCUAUCUAUGAUGAGGGUGUUGCAGGAAUAUCUAACAUCGGUGGUCAAGAUUAUGCAAUUCCCGCCAUCGGAGAGAAAGGACAUAUCGCCGUAGCCUUUAAUUUAACUACACCUGGGGGCCAUGCUUCUGUUCCACCUGAGCACACGUCGAUUGGUAUUGCGGCGCGUUUAAUCACCUACAUUGAAGAUGAGACUUUACCAACUUUGCUGUACAAAGGAAGCCAAACUUUGCAAUUAUUCCAGUGUAUCGCCCAGUACUCUGAAAACAUCCCUCAAACAUUGAAGAAUGAUUUAAAGAAAGUUCUGAACGACCGUAACGCCAACGACCGCGUGGUGAAGAGCUUCACGUCCAUUUUGGGCCCGGAGGUGAACUCAAUGUUGCGUACAACAAAAGCUGUUACUAUAAUAAAUGGCGGAAUUAUCACUAAUGCUGUGCCAGAGACGGUCUCAUUUGUCGUUGACUCUAGGAUUGCAGUGGACUCUACAGUGAAGAAGACGGAGGAUUUACUAUCGUCCAAAGCGUACAAAAUUGCAAAGUCGUUUAACCUUGGAUUGGAAGUUAAUGAGGAAGUUAUUUUACCACCAACACCACAAGGUAACCUUGUGCUCUCCAGUAUGUUUUCACUUGAACCUGCCCCAUUGUCUCCAGACAACAGUGCUUGGAGAACAUUCGCAGGUACGAUCAAAAGUCUCUAUGAAGAGGUUGUUUUUCCAUUCGAAAACGGAAACGAAGACAAGGAUAUUGUAAUUGUCCCAAGCAUUAUGUUUGCCAACACCGAUACUGCUUUAUAUUGGAAUCUCACUGACAAUAUCUACCGUUUCCAGCCUGGAUUGAUUCCACGUGAUGCAAUUAAGAAAAUCCACUCAGUGGACGAACAUAUGCCUGUUCGCGCCCUUAUGGAUUCGCUUGCGUUCACCUACGACUAUAUUCAUGCCGCGCAGGGCGUUGCAUGA